GUGGGAACAUCGCCGCAGCAUGGGCUUCUAUGAUGGCUUUGGGUGUGGACGGCUACAUGGAGCGGGCCAGGGAACUCAUGGCAACCACCGACAAACUCAAACAGGGCGUCGCUAAGAUACAGGGCUUAUAUGUGCUGGGGGAACCGGUUAUGACGUGUUUCUCAGUCGGAUCGAGUGACCCGGAUGUUGACAUUCAGGCAGUAGCGGAUGAUAUGGGCAAGAAAGGUUGGCACAUGGAAAGACAACAGAACCCUAGCUGUCUACAUUGUUCUAUUCUUCCUCAUCACGUGAGAGUCUCGGAUUCUCUGUUGAAAGACCUCGAGGAUUCAACGCAGGAGGUCAAGAAAAACAAGUCUCUUGCCAAGGAGGGGACAGCCGCCAUGUACGGAAUGAUCGCCACCAUACCAGACAAAGCGAUAGUACAGGAUUUCCUGGUAGAGUUCUUCAGUGAGGUCUAUAAAUAG